AUUGUUUGAAAUAAUGAUGGAUGGAGAUGAUAAUGAAGAGGAAACAUAUAUUGAACAUCUUCGGUCCAUGUUUAAUCAACUGGAUCCGGAUAGAAAAGGUGGACUGAGCAAGAAUGAACUAAGAUCGUUGAGUGAAAAGUUGUCACUCCAGAAAAACCAAUCUGAUUUGCUGCUUCAGCUUUCGUUUGCAAAUGAAGAUUGUCAGUUUGAUCUUGAUACAAGUGAUGACAAAGAAUGUGUUGAUUUUAAUAAAUUUCAAGAAAGUUUCGUUGCGGUAUUAUCUGUCACUGCUGAUAUGCAAUCGUCAAACUCCGAUCCAGAAUGUGAGAUUGAAUCAAAAGUAGAGCCUCGACUUGUUCGUGGAGGCCGAUCAUAUGGUAGAAAAUCACAACCUGAUAUUCCUAAUUUUGACAUAGAUGACAACGAAAUCAUUCACAAACCUGAUAUUGGGACAACACAAGACGAGGUUGCCAGUGAUUCAGAAGAUGUAUUCGACAGUGAAUUCUAUGAAUUACCUGAGAGGGGGGAUGGUGAUAAAAUUUAUUUUGAAGCUAGUGGGCAAUUGCGCAAUCCAGCUCUGGAUAGACUCAGGCCGAAAUCAACUUCCACUGUGCUUAAUGAUAGUCAGCUCAAUAUUUCAUCAACAUCAUCGAUUCUUCUCCAAACUCAACAUUUAUUCACUGAACUUGAUAAAAACGACAUCGGACUCAUAGACUUUGCUGAUCUUCAAGAAAUGUGGAAAAGAGAAGGAGUAGCGAACCCACAACAUGUUCUGCAACUUUUAGAUGUCAGCAUUGAUAGUGACAAGCAAGUAAAUGCGAUAGAUCUAACAUCUACGUUGGAGAAUGAAGCAGCAUCACUACGCCUGUCUACAGUUGAUUCUGUGACUCAAGCUGUUCUUGCAACGUAUAAAUGUCAGUUAGCAUAUCUCAAUGGACAGAUUGAGCAGCAUCAAGUACUGCUCGGAAAAAUGAAAGACGAUUUAGAGAAAUCUGAAAUUAGAAAUUCCAAACUGAUCGACGAAGUGGAUGACAGAUAUUUGCAUGUGGAUAAGAAUCGAGAAAAAUUACUUCAUAAUCUUGAACAACAGUGGAGCAGAAAGUUACGUCAAGCACAAAGAACAUUUGAUAACGACCGAGAAUUGUUUCAAACUGAUGCAAUGUUGGAAAGAGAUGCAUUACAACAGGAAAUAGAUCGACUUAUGAUUAGAGAAGGAAGUCUGCGUAGUACGAUAGAUGCAUUGCAGAUGGACAACGAUGCAUUGGAACAAGAAUCAAAAGAUCUUGUUAAAAAAUUACAAAUGUCUGAAAGCAAUUCAGCAAGAUUACAAAGAGAUUUAGAGAAUUUGAUUAAAGAAAAGGCGUCUUCUUCACAUGACUCAUUCAAUUCAUCUCAGGAAGAAAAAUUUGCACUUAUCAUUAAAGAUUAUGAAGCACAAUGCAGGUCAUUGUCAGAUAGAAAUGAUGAACUCGUUGCUGAAUUGGAAAAAAGUCGAAUGGAGUUCUUACAAUACAUGAGAAAGAAACCUCAGGAUGAAAAUGACAAUGAAAAAUCGAGUUCAAGAAAACGCGCAAGAAGACGAGGAUCAAUAGAUUAUAUUGAAAAACCUGGAAUGGAUGGGACAGACGAAAGUGAUGUAGAUGGUGAAGAAAUGAGAUUAGAACUAUGCAACAAAAUAUCUGAUAUGGAAAAAACAAUUCAAAAACUUGAGGAAGAACGUACAAUACUCACAACUAGAUUCACUGAAGAAAAGAGUCAUCUUCAAAGUCAACUUGAAUCCGAAUACAGGAAUAAAUUAGAAGAAGAAAAAAAGAAAUUAACUUCUUUUGAAGAAAUGACUAAAUCUGAGAAGAACACAGCUAUAAAUCAAGCUUUGGCAGAUGGAAGAAAACAGAAAGAAGACUUAGAGAAGAAGAUAACAGAAUUACAAAAAUCAUUGGAAGAUGAAGCAUUAAAAUCAGCUCAAUCUAUCACCGAUUUAUGCAGAGAAUUUGAAAACGAUAAAAUGGAAAUUCAAAAAAAUCAUGAAGAAUUUACCCAUGAACUACAAGAUGAAGUAUCAGAUCUUCAACAACAAUUGGAAAAAGAAAUUGAAGCUCAUGAAAUGACUUCACAGCAGUUAAAAAAUGAAAGAAAUCAACAUAAAUCUUCAAUGCAAGCUCACUCAGAAGCUGUUAAAUCUUUAGAAAGUAAUGCAAAAAGGAAUAAUUCUGAUGAAAAAGAAGAAAUUGGGCAAUUAAAAUCUCGGCUGAAUAAACUUGCAGAAGAAAAUGAAAAAUUAGAAAAAGACAAACAAACUAUGCAGACUAAUCAUGAUAUGGCUGUAGAAAUGAUAAAAACAGAAAUGCAAACAAAAAUUGAAGAUAUGAUUGCUGAUAAACAGAAACAGGAACGAUCAUCACUGUGUAAUGAACUAGAUCGUAUGCACGAAAAUGUCGCCGAUGAAAGAAAACUAAUGCAAGAACGAAUUAAUAACCUGAAAGAAACAUUUGAUGCUGAAGCAGACGAAUUACGAACGCUAGUUGAAUUAGAAAAAUGUGAAUUAAGGAAAGCUCUUGCAGAAGAGAGUGCAGCCCUAAAAAAGAAAUUAGCAGAUGAACAUAAAAAAGCAGCUGAAAAGAAAAAACGUCAGUUGGAAGAGGAAGAAAGAGGGGAACGUGAAUCACAGAUUAAUCAUUUGGAAGAAAUAAUUAAAAAUCUACGAGAGGCAAAAAUUGAUCUUGAAGAGCAGUUACGGCAUUCCAUAGAAGAAAAAAGAGAUAUAGAGAAGGAAAAUACGAAUCUAAAAUUCGAAAAAGAAACCUCAUCAAAAACUUCUCAACUUGAACAUGUUCUUGAAGAGAAAGAUAGGCUAAAUGAAAUAUUACAAUCACAGAUCUCGGAGCUUAGAUUGAAACACCAUGAGGUGUCACAAGAACUUCUGCAAGUUAAAACACAAUAUGAUGCUAAAAAUGCUGAGAUUGGUCAAGUUGUAAAAGAAAAACAACAAUAUGCGGGCAAGAUUAUGGAACUGGAAAAUGAAAAGUCAUCAAUGCAGUUACAAAAUGCAAGACUGUUUUCUAAAAAUAUUGAGUUGGGGAAAAGUGAAGCAGAAAUUAAAUCAGAAGAAAAUGAAAAGAAAAUGUCUCAAUUGAGAGAUCAGCUAUCUGAGCGAGAAGAAAUUUGUUCUCAAUUACAAGAAAAAUUAAAGAAAUUUCAAUCUUUGGAUGAUUCACCAAAAUUGUUAUCGAAAGAAGAUCCGCAAACUAGGUUUGAACAUGCUCGACACCAACUUAUACAACAAAUGAAUAAAACUAAAGAAAUGUAUUCGAAACUUGCCAGAAGUGAAUCACUCAUUAAAGACUUGUAUUGUGAAAAUGCAGAAUUGAUGCGUGCAUUACAGUUGACAGAAGAAAGAUAUAAAUCAUCAGAACGUAAAAUAAUUGUCGAAAAUGAAAAAAACGUUGCUCUCACAUCUUUGUUACAUAAAAUAUGUCCAGAAGCUGUAUGACAAGGAGCAUUUGUAGACAUAUUAUCUUCGAGCGUAUCAGGGAUCAAAGUAAAAUGCACUUUCUAUUCAUAUUAUUUCCAUUUUUAAAAUCGUGAAUUCAACAUUUUUUUACCCACUUAACAAUGAACAACAUUACCAAAUGAUCAGUUAGUGAAUUGUUUUUAAAUCUUAAAAUCAGUAAAAUGCCUAUAUUUUUCUAUUUCUAUGUGAUCGAUGAAAUGUUUCGAAUUAGUGCCUGUAUCAUGUAUGUUUGUAUGAAAUUAUCUACUCUUUGCUAGCUAUUUUUGAGGCUGCUCUUUUUAUUGAGCAGUGUAUGAGCAUUAUUAGUAAUUUUUAACUCUGGAUAUUAAAUGGUUGAAAACCAAUGAGAGUGCUAAUUGCUGCUUUCUCAUUAUGUGAAACUUAAGUGCUAUAUGAUCAAAUUAACAUUUUUUUUUACUACAUACCACUGUGUAUUGGGUUGUCUACUGUUAAAAGAAUUUCCAAAUUCUACCAGAAAUUUUAUUACCAAAAGAACCGAAAUGGUUACAAAUAUCAUUCUAUCAAGAACAAUUAAUGUUAAAGUUGUGUCUAUUAUCGUCGACAAAUUAUCAGUUUCUUACUCAUGCCAAAUAUUUACUUAAAUCCAAGUCAAAAAUGUUCUUUCAAUGCUCAACAUUUAGUUGUUUUUAUUUAGCUGACUAUUAAGCUGAUAUUCUUUAUUUUACAAGUAUUUUUAUGUUCCAGUUUUACUUGAGUAGCUAUUCUUAUUUUAUCAAUAAAGCAGUUUUUCAUGAA